GGUAGUUGGCACAAAAAUCAAUCCGCCAAUCCACCAAACAGCCAAAGCAACCAGAAAAAAACGCCUUCUCCUUCCUUCCUUCCUUCCUUCAAUUCGUACCAAAAGACACAAGGCACAACGAACGCUCUUCGAGUUAGUCUUCUACCUCCGCUUCUGUUCGCUCAACGCCAUCACCAUCACCGCCAUGUGGCGCUCUCUGUGGCGCUCCAUCGACCGCUUCUCUCUCCAGUACUUCAAAUACGUAAUCAAUGAACUGCGGCAGAUCAAAGUUGUGGACUGGCAUAACAGGGAAUUAGUCAUUGAUUUACUACAGUCCAUAGUGGAGCUAGUUACCUAUGGUGAUAGACAAGACCCACUGAUUUUCGAAUAUUUUAUGGAGUACCAAGUUUUAGCAGAAUUUGUUCGUGUGCUAAAGAUCAGUAAAAAUUCAAGAAUUGAGGCACCGUUGCUUCAGUAUCUAAGUAUAAUGAUUCAAAACAUGAACAGUGACCAUUCAAUUUACUAUUGUUUUAGCAAUGACUAUAUCAACAACAUUAUAGGACAUAAGUUUGAAUUUGGAGGAGAUAUAGCCUUAUAUUAUGUAUCUUUUUUGAGAGCAGUGAGCAAUAAAUUAAACAAAGACACAGUUUGCCUUCUUCUGAAGGUCUAUGGGGAUUCUGUAGUCUCGUUUCCCCUGUAUGAUGAGGCUCUCAAAUUUGCCCACCAUGGGGAAAAGAUGAUUCAGACAGCUAUCCGUGCACUAACUCUCAGUAUAUAUAAUGUUAGUGAUGAUAUGGUUUAUCAAUAUAUAACAACUCCUCCGGUCUCGAAGUAUUUUUCAGACUUGGUUUCAAGCUUAAGCAAUCAAUUUUUUCAUCUAGAUGCUCUUGUCCAUGCUACAGAGAUGCGUACAAAUCAAAAGAGAAAAGAACUACUUUUGGAAACUGAUAAGAUUGUCGAUGAUCUGUAUUACUUCAACGACAUGCUUGGAGUUGGCCAGUCUUGUUUGAGUACAGUAGUCAUUGAAAAUCUUCUCAGAAUAUUAAUCUUUCCCAUAUUACUCCCAUUACUGCAGUUAGGGCAGAGCAAUGGCUCAAAUCUAUCUGCAGUCACGUCUUUCUAUACUGUUUCUCGUCUUCUUCAAGUUAUUGGUGGAAAAGGCAUGUUCAACUCUGUCGCUGGAGUUAUUUUAUAUCCUUAUAUGACAUCAAGUGUGAGAGAUGCUAUUGAAAGGGACUCAACUGAGAGCAUUAGUCAUGCUAAAUCUAUAUUGAGUGAAAUGGGAAAAGUAGUAUCGUAUAGUCCUGAGACUGAAAGAGCAGAAAACAGUAGCCUCCCUAGAGAUACUGUCUCUAAUAAAAGGAGUGGAAUACUAGCUCAUGUUUUCUCUGACAAUCCUAGUCUAUCACUAGCAUCACUAUUCUUAUUAUUUAUUUUAGCAGAAGCAAAAGAUCUUCAUCCUUUACUAGCUCAAAUGAUUGGCUUAAAUGGAAUGCAAAAUAUGAUUGCAGUGGAUGGAAAUAUUGGAAAUCUUCUAGUGAAAUACAUGGAUCAGAUUUUAAAUGCAUUAUUGAAGGUUUUAGCAAGUCAACCACCUUUCUCUAUACUAAUACAAUGGCAUACAGGGUGGUUCUUGCGGAAGCUAUUGAUUUUACAAGGAAAAGGGCUUGGUGGUCAUAAUUUCGAGCUAUUCAAUACCUCAUAUCAGCAAUCCCGUGAAUGCCUUCAGAAAGAACUUGAUGGAUGCUGGUUUGAUCAUAUCCCUGAGGUGUUAAGAAAUGAAUGGCCAAAUUGUAAAGAAGCUCUUGAGGAAUCAUCACAAUGCAAAGAUCCUUUUUUUGUUCUAGAGCUUGAUGAUAGCCAACAAGCUACUGACGGUGAUGCAACUUCAUACUUUGCUUGGAAAAGGAUGGUUGAAACUGUGAAGGUAUUCAUUCUCCAUCUUCAGCUUAAAUCAUGUAUUUUCAAUGGAGAAUUGCUUCAAGAACUCUUGCUGAAUAUGAGCAGCGCAAUUGCUGAUUCUAGUAAAACGCAUGCUUCAGACAUUGCAUCUGCAAGCUUUGGGUCAGAGGUUUCUUUAGGAUCGGGAAUUCCAUGUACAAUUGCAUUUUCCAAUGCUGGAAUCAGGGAUAUCUACCUGAUACCUAAGGCAAGGGAAACUACUGGAAAAGUGCUGCUUGCAGAGAAGCAUCCUUUCCGUAGUCAACGAGGAGUAGUACUUGCUAUUGGACCAUUGGCUGGAUUGAAUCCAAAGGUAGAUGAGGACCAUCCGACAUGGUUGCAUCUUCAGAUAAGAGAGUUUGAACCAAAACUCCAUAAAAUUAAAGUUAGAGGCCAUCAAUCAUCAGGGAUGUCCAAUCAUGUGGCUGAUGGGAGAUGGACACUUGGUUUCUCAAAUGCCAAAGCUUGCGAAGCAGCCCGAUUGUCAAUACUCGAGGAAAUUAGGAAGCAGAGAUCCUCUGUUGAGAGCAUACUUGCUCCUCUACUGCAGGAUAGUUAUCUUGGAAAUUUAUCGGAGACAGAGAGCCAAGAUGAGUGAAGUUUUUAUUUGAGGGGUUGUAAGUUAGCUUGCCAACAUUCUCAAUUUAGUUGUUUUCGGCUUUCCCUCUGUUUUUUUCUUCCAAAUUUUGUUGUCGUCACAUUUAAGGGUGCUGUUCACAAUAUAUAGUUGUUUAUAAUAACAGACCACUGAUCUCUAAA